AUGAUGGUGACCGGGACACGCGGCGUUGUGCGAGUGCUGGGAUCCACCGGAGGAGACAUUCCAAAAGCACUGAUAACUUCCGUGAAGUGCUCUAAGAAAAGCCGUCGGUGCAAAAAACGGACCGAGAAUCGCGAGCAUUCGAAGCGUUCUGACUCGGUCCAGUCUAGUUUUUCACCUGCACUACGACCAUCUGAUGAAGGAGCUUCGGUUCCACUGUUUUUAGAAGCUAAAUGCACUCUUCCUGGCUAUGUUGCGACCCCAAGCAUAGAUGAAAAUGGACGCACGCGUUUUAUUCUUCACGAGAAACUCUACAGUCUGCUCACUCAGGAAGGACUCAUGCAUGCGGACACAUCUCAUCUAUUGAGUGUCAAUGCGGAGUUCGAUGAUAAAGUUGAUGCUCCUCUCCGUCAAGAAACCUUAUCUAAGCUUUGGUGUCUACAUAGCGCAUUUUAUGGUCUCUCAACUUCAAUUUUCUGCAAGGCUGUUUGUCUCAUGGAUUCCUUUAUUUCCCGCGUUAAGGAUGUUCUACUACCAACGCCGGAUAGUUUGGUGACGCUGUCUCGAUGCGGCGGAACAACAGCUGACCUUACUCGCAUGGUGGAAAUCAUCCUGUCCAAGCUGAGCCCAGCAAAUGUUGCAGCUAUUGGGGCCUGUCCGGCUACAGCCUGCGAGUUCCUGCAAACAUUUAUCACGUUUGGCUUAUGGGGCUCCGGAGCACCACCGUGUGGUCAUCUGCAUUCGGUGAACUCAUCUCGUCUUUCAAGUUUCAGCCGUCAGCUGGAAGUUUCAAUAACGUCUGCUGAGGCGGCUUCCUUCCGUCCUUCGUGCCUUGCACUUGCUCUGCUCAGCAUGUACUGUCUUCCAACCUCGUCGACCGAGGAGAUCUCUUGCGUUGGGCCAAACGAAGAAUUGCAUUUCACUGUUCCAGAUCUAUUUAAUCUGGCACAACUUUGUGGCAUCCACUGGGCGGACGUAGAUGCUUGUCGCGUGGCGAUUAGGAACGCUGUCGUGACAUCAACUGGAUCAUCCGAUAUUCAGGAUUAUCCAGCUUCCCGGCUUCUAGGGAGUUCGCCGCCGCUCGUAUGGACCCUCUCUAGACGUACUCAGCGCAUCAUGUCCAGCUCACAAGUGCCAACCCUUCCGACAAUCUUGGAAACGGAGGAGCAGAUUGACGAAGUCCAGUCUACUCUAGGAAAUCUCGUGCUACCGGCUUUCGAGUAA